AAUGGUUGUCGUUUUCGAGCGUCAGCUGCUAAUGGCGAUGCCAUUUCGGCGUCGGGAGAUCGGAAACGUCAGGCGUUCCGGGUGUGACAAAGUGUUUUUUUGGAAAUUGCGAGAUUUUAUUUCAAAAACAUUCUGGAAGUAUAGCUUUUUUGUCGCAAUGACCUGACCUACUGAUCGCGGAAGGUUGCGAUAAGAAAAGGCAAUUUCGUGUGAUAAGUUUGGGCAGCUGAAGUAAGAUGUGAAGUGAAACUUCUUAAAACAAAUCGAUCACAGUGCGUAGAUGGACUCUGCGUCGACACGCGUCGAGCAAGUGAAUACAUUUGAUAUGUGGAUCAAUGAGCGAGCAGAAUGUGGUUCAGAUUAAGACGACCUCGUCGUCUGUCGACGAUCAUUUUUUUGAUCGUUGUAGUUGUGGGCAUAUUUCUGAUUUGGUCCAGGAACAGAGAGAUGAACUUUUAUCAAUCACGGGACAACUUUAUCUCUUUUCGAUCACACGAAAAUCAACAAGAGUACAUCGAUCGUCGAGGAAUUCAUGUUGUAGUUGGCCAUUACAUCGGAGACUCUGUAGAUUCCUUGAAAGCUCCGAAUAUCACAAAGGAUAUUAUUAACCAAAAUUUAUUCGAUCCGGUACCGUUCGAGGGUAAAAAUGGAGAACCUGUGGUUAUACAUCCGAAAGAUUUUUAUAAAAUGCAACAAUUGUAUCAGAUUAACCGAUUCAAUUUGAUGGCCAGCGAUAGAAUCCCAUUGAAUCGAACUCUACCGGAUGUUAGAAAAAAAAGGUGCAUUUCGAGAUACGCGAACUUGGGUACUUUGCCAAAAACCUCGAUCAUCAUAGUAUUUCACAAUGAGGCUUGGAGUACAUUGUUGCGGACGGUACACAGUGUGAUCAACAGAUCUCCGAGAGAAUUGUUAGAAGAGAUUAUUCUUGUUGAUGACAAAAGUGAAAGAGAAUUUCUGAAGAAAUCCUUGGACGAUUACGUGAAAAAUUUGACCGUUCCCACGAAAGUUUUGCGGUCCAGUGAACGAGUAGGAUUAAUAAAAGCCAGGAUUGUGGGAGCGACCGAAGCUAAGGGCGAGGUUCUCACUUUUCUCGACGCUCACUGCGAAUGUACGGUUGGAUGGUUGGAACCUUUGCUCGAGGCAGUCGGUCAAAACGCAACAAGAAUCAUCUCGCCGGUGAUCGAUAUAAUAAACGACGACACUUUCAGUUACACAAGAUCGUUUGAGCUUCAUUGGGGUGCAUUCAACUGGGACUUGCACUUUCGUUGGCUGACUCUGAACGGUCGGUUGUUGAAGGAGAGACGCGACAAUAUCGUCGAGCCAUUUCGAACUCCCGCCAUGGCGGGCGGAUUGUUCUCGAUGAACCGGGAGUAUUUCUUCAAACUCGGAAGCUACGACGAUCAGAUGCGAAUCUGGGGCGGCGAGAAUCUCGAGCUGUCGUUCCGAGCAUGGCAGUGCGGAGGCAGCAUCGAAAUUGCGCCGUGUUCUCACGUCGGACAUCUCUUUCGAAAGUCCUCGCCUUACACGUUCCCGGGCGGCGUCGGCGAGAUUUUGUACGGCAACAUUGCCAGAGUCGCUCUGGUAUGGAUGGAUCAGUGGGCGGAGUUCUACUUCAAGUUCAAUCCCGAGGCCGCUAGAUUAAGGUACAAACAGCAAAUUCGCUUGAGACUGGCUUUGCGCGAGAGACUGCAGUGCAAGAGUUUCGAGUGGUAUUUGGAGAACGUGUGGCCCGAACACUUCUUCCCCACGGACGACCGAUUCUUCGGCAGGAUAGUGCAUGCUGCGACAAAGAAAUGUAUUAUGCGACCGAGCGCGAAAGGUUCUUACACACAACCUUCAGGAAACGCGCGCCUGCAAUCGUGCAUACCGCGGCCGAUGCUCAGCCAGAUGUUCGUCAUGACGAACAGCGGUGUGAUAAUGACGGACGAGAGCGUGUGCUUGGACGCGUCCGACCGAGACACGCAGCAGAAAACGCCGAAAGUGAGAAUAAUGGCUUGCAGCGGUCGCGACAGGCAAAAGUGGCAAUACGACGAAAAGACAAAGGUGUUUUUACAUGUGCCUUCUGAGAUGUGCCUUCAAGCGGCAACCGACGACGACACGCCUGUAAUAGCGGCCUGUACUAGGAAUCUCGAUCAACAAUGGAUCUUAGAACCAGUUCCUUGGAAGUAAUGAUCGCGGUGACCAUGUUGUCAUUAAUGAAGAAGAAAAGGAAAGACGGUGCCUUAACGAGCUGCCCGCCCAUCAUCACGAUUUUACAUAUUUAUGUGACAUCAUCUCUUUGCAUUUCUGCGUGUGUACGAGUUUGAUCGAAAAUUGUUGUAACGCUGAUUUUUUUUUUUUUUUUUACUUUUUUACAUUGACAUGAACGAAAUCACAGGAAGUGAUUUUACGUAAUCCAACUUGUCUCUCUCCCCCCCCUCUCCCCAGAGUUUGCAAUAAAAAAAACAAAACCAACAGA